AUGGACCGCGACAAGGCGAACCUCGACCAGCUCGACCAGGCUGCCCUCGAUGCGGGCGAUCUUGCCGCGUUGGGCCAUGUUGAGACGCUCACUCGCAAGUUCGAUAUCUGGAGCAUGCUUGCUCUGUCUUUCUGUAUUCUCGGCACCUGGAGCACCUGCGCCCAAAAUCUGGCCAUUGGUCUUCUCAACGGCGGUCCGGUCGCUAUCCUUUGGGGCCUCGUCCUCGUCUUUUUCUGUAACCUGUGCGUCGCCCUAUCUCUCGGUGAGCUCUGCAGCAGCAUGCCUACAGCCCUCGGCCAGGCGUUUUGGAUCUCUCGUCUGUGGGAGACACCCUGGGGACGCCGUGCCUCGUACAUGUGUGCCUGGAUCAACACCUUCGGCUGGUGGACCCUCACUGCCUCCCAGAAUGCCUUCAUGACCCAGUUUCUCCUCGGCAUGAAGCUCAUGUUUGAUCCUGAGUGGGACGGCGCCAACAAGGGAUGGGUCAAGCUUCUCGUCUACGUUGGCAUCACUGUGAGCUUUAGUGCCUUCAAUCAUGUUGCUUGCCGCAAUGAAAAGGUCCUGCCCGGCUUCAAUAACUUUGUUGCCGUUGGUUUCGUUGUCCUCUUCUUUGCUCUGAUACUUGGCCUGCCCAUCGCCGUCGGCACCAAGCCUGAGCUGCAUUUCCAGAAAGCACACUUUGUUUUUGGCAGUUGGAUCAACAGCACCGGCUGGAACGACGGAGUCACUUGGUUUCUUGGUCUCGUCCAGUCAGCCUAUGGUCUUACCGCCUUUGACUCGGUCAUUCACAUGGUGGAAGAGAUUCCCAACCCCCGCAAGCUGGUGCCCAAGACCAUGCACAUGGCUGUUAUCUGCGGUGCCGUUUCGGGUUGGAUUUUCCUCUGCGUGUGCCUCUUCUGCGUCCAAAGCAUCGAAAACCUCCAGGAGCCGGCCUCAGGCCAGACUUUUAUCCAGCUCAUUCAAGACGUCAUGGGCCUCAAAGGCGCCGCCGUGUUUGUCGCCUUAUUCACUUUUAAUGGCAUGGGCCAGGGCAUUAGCAUCAUGACUUCUGCUUCGCGACUUACCUGGAGUUUUGCCCGAGACGGUGGCAUUCCUUUUGCUCGCUACUUUUCCCACGUCGACGAGUACUGGAUGAUGCCCGUGCGCGCCCUGUGGCUGCAAACUGCCAUAACGUCUGUCGUCGGCCUCCUAUACCUCUUUGCCGAUACCGUUCUGCAGGCAAUUCUGAGUGUCAGCACCAUUGCCCUCACCAUCUCCUACGCCAUGCCCAUCGUUGCCCUCAUGCUUGCUGGCCGCGAGCGCCUCCCUCCCGGCGGCACCUUGCACCUCGGUAAAUGGGGACCGACCCUCAAUUGGAUCUCGCUCGUCUACUGCACAGUGUCGACCGUCUUCUUCUUCUUUCCCUCGGCACCCAACCCGAGCAUCGCCGACAUGAACUGGGCCAUUGCCGUUUUUGGCAUCAUGCUCGUCGUUUCCAUCAGCUUCUGGUUCCUGCAGGGCAGACGCACCUACAUGGAUACGCAGGACCUGCCCGAGACCAUCCUGUACGCAGAUGCAGCCCACUCCCCUACGACUGCGCACUUCAUAGCCAGCCAUCCUGACGAUAAGAAACCGAUCUAG